CCGCCUCGACGGCGGCGGCUGCUCUCUCCAGUCUUAGUUCUUUGGCUGUCCGGCCGGACCCGCCGCCGCCGCCACUAUGCCCAUGAAGGGCCGCUUUCCCAUCCGCCGCACCCUGCAGUACCUGAGCCAGGGUGGUGUGGUGUUCAAGGACUCGGUGAAGGUCAUGACGGUGAAUUACAACACGCACGGGAAGCUGGGCGAGGGUGCCAGGAAAUUUGUGUUUUUCAACGUACCUCAGAUCCAGUAUAAAAACCCUUGGGUGCAGAUCGUGAUGUUUAAGAACAUGACUCCAUCGCCAUUCCUGCGGUUCUAUUUAGAUUCUGGGGAGCAGGUCCUGGUGGAUGUGGAGACCAAGAGCAAUAAGGAGAUUAUGGAGCACAUCAAAAAAAUCCUGGGGAAGAGCGAAGAAACCCUCAAGAAAGAGGAGCAGGAGAAAAAGCAGCUCUCUCACCCCGCCAACUUUGGUCCCCGGAAGUAUUGCCUGCGGGAGUGCAUCUGUGAAGUGGAGGGGCAGGUGCCCUGCCCAGCCCUGGUGCCAUUACCCAAGGAGAUGAGGGGGAAGUACAAAGCAACGCUGAAAGCCGGUGCCCAGGACUGAGGCCUUAGCCCCUGGGGCUGGGGGGAUUCAGCCUGACUAUGGGGAGCUUGGUAUGGUGUUUCCUCGGCCACAGGGAAGCCCGUGAGCCUGUCUGUCCCCACAGACACUCUGGAAAUCUGUUUAUGAUAGAAGGGUCUCUUUUACACACCUGUGAAAAAGGAUGUUGGGGAGGGGGUAGGAAGAACUGCAGCUGAGCUGCUAAAUGAAUAUUCCCACCCCAUCGUGCCAAUAAAGUGCUUCAUCUAGCAGUGAGGGUGUGCUAGCUGGUCUCAGGCAAAGAAGGCAGGCCUGCAUGAGGACAGGGCUUUGGGAGGGGAGGCUGUAAGGCCAGCUUGUGGACACCCGUCUCGAUCCCUCUACUCUUUCGUGGCCUUUUUGGCGUCAUGUCUUGUUCCAUAUCCUGCUCUGAAGAACUGAGAGCUGUGGGGUUGAGUCUGGCAGUGUGGACACUCCAUUCAGACCUUUUGGGCAUUUUUGAGAAAUCCAAAGGCAAGCCUUUGUGCAGUGCUCACCUUCUAAGCUGAAGCUUAAGAUGAGAGGGCACACUACAUGAGUCAGUUCUGAGACCUUAAGAGCACAUUUUACACUGGUAGCAGGUAUCCUUACAGUGACCUAGCUGCUUGGAGGCCUGCCUCUGUGCUUCACUCCACAGCUCCAGAAACAUCUGCGUACUCCCUUACCUCCACGACAGAGACUUCCCCGCAAGGAUGGGCAGAAAUUAUCCUGCUAGAAUUCUCCACUACAGGUAUUUCCAAGUUCCAGGGGACCAGAAAGGGCUAAAUCACCUUUGGAUGAGGCUAUGGUUUGAGGAGGAGUGUUGUGGAGACUGACUCCCAGGAGGCUUUCCUCCCCACUUAACCCAGGCUCAGAUGGGAGCAUCUGGGAGUCUCUGCGUGUCAGGGGGUAAUAAUAAAAUUAGGAGAAAUCAAGAGCGAGAUACUAGUCUUUAAUUCACGUUUAAUAGUAUAAACCUCAUUUAGGUAGUAGUUUUAAGCCACAACAAUAAUGCCACAUUGAAACAGCAUUUAAUAAAAUGCAUAAAGCUAAUUCAUGCACUGCAAUACUCUAUAUACAAACACAACAAUGCAAAUUCUUCUUCAAGACUGAAGACAUUGAUUAGAUAUAAAAUUCAAUUUAAAAAGAACAUGCUAUUUUUUAAAUGCCAUCACACAUACAAAGCUGAUUUCACGGGGGAAAAAAGCUGUGGAAAGCUAUAGCUUUCAACAGGUUUUAAACCUGGAAUUAAAAUGUAAUGGCAUAAACAAUAUUUUCUAUAUUGUAAAGGGUAGAGGUUACAGAAACGGUCCCAAAAAAACGAACAUCCGGAUUUUCCUUUAACAGAUGUCUUUUAAAAGGGCUGAUGAUACAGCUACAUUUUAACAGAGAGGUCCAAACUACAAGUAAAAACUACAGUUUGUACUAUGAAAAAUGUGCAGCUUUUUAGUUAUAAAACUAGUUAAACACUGGUUUACAAGAUAAUUGGUAGAACAGAGAGACUGUAGAAAAAUAUUCCAGCACUUGAGUUGUAUGUGGCAGCAGCAUUUGAGUUCAUGAAUGCUAUGGUCAUUAAAAUGAUAGCCGAUUAUACUUUCCUAAAGAAAAGCCAUUUUAAAUAUAAAGUUUACUACUUCCAAAUGCUAUCCAAAUAUUAAACUUUAACGUAGUCUGUAAAUUGAGUGGUAAAUGUUGUUGAGCAUUUUUUCUAUGUCGUAUGUGUAAAUAUUGAGAUGCCAAAAUUACUUGUUUUGUAACUGAAAGUCUAGCUGGGCAUUUAAAAAAAAUCUCAUACACUUCUCUCUCUCCCCCUAAACUCUUUAUUUUUAAGCUCACAGUUUAUUCUUAGAUUGUGGUUAAGAUAAGUAGCCCAAAGGAACAUUUUUAUUUUAAAGAUUUAGAGACUGUCAAGAUUCCAUUUGUAUUUUGACUGGAAAGCCACCUUCAAUAGUGUGAUUGUCAGGACAGGCAAUGACAUGUGAAAGGUCAAACAAUCACUGUUGGAUGAGGCCAGUGAAAUACCAGAAGCUUUCUUUACAUAAAAAAUGAGGGAAGCUGAAGGCGACAUGGCCCAUCUCACAAAAGGCACUGAGUACAAUGGUCUUACAAAGUGUUUUCAAAUACUUCAUAGCUUGUUUUAAAAAGAAGGAAAAAAAGAAGCAACGGGUAUGUAUGUGAGUUCUGCGGUUAUCGAAUGGUUUCUUCCAGCAUCCCAGACACUCACCAGGCCAGUGAGCAGCACUGUGGGCUGGGCACUGCCUCCUCAGUGGGUCCUCACAGUUUAAGGCCUGAUUAAGGGGGAAAAUUCAUCAGAAUAGAUCUGGACAAGAAAAAGUUGGCAUCUAUAACUUUAUGGGCACACAUAUCCAUAUAAAAUGCAAUUUUUAUCUAAAAAUUUUAAAUCAUAAUUUACAGAAAGGUGUUAAGUCAAUGGAUUUCAUUCACAUGCUUACAUUUAGGGAAGUAAUUUAAGGUUUGUAGCUUAUAUGCCACAAAAGUUAACCAUCAACAUUCAUGCUUAUUUUUAAAGAUUAUCUGAUGUUUUUUAACUGGUGUUAGACAGAUGGGAAUUUUUGUUUAGUUGCAGGACAGUGCCCCCCCCCCUUGCUGACUGAUCACAGGAAGGUGGGAAACUGCUACCACAUGUGGGAGGCAAGCUCCCCUGAGAUGGACCAUUCUGGGUCUUGGACCACGAUGUUGUCUCCGGACCAUUUGACAUGCUGAGUGUCUGGGAAGGUCGAUGGCUUUAACUACUGUGUUCCCUCCAGCUGGGCCAUAAAUAGGUAUGUGAAAAGCUGGUUAAAAAUCACCACCUAGUUUUGGACAUUAUAAUAAACUGUCUUCCAGCUUCCUGGCCCUUGUCUGAACCUGGAGAACACAGAGACAUGUCAUUCUGUCAGAACCUUUUCUGUCUGGAAUUUUUCCCUGUGCAGAGUGGUGAUUCCUUCUUUUAACUGGUUUUGUGGCCCUUCCCAGCCUGGCUCACCUAAAGGGAACUCUAGUUAAGAGUAUCACCAGCAAAUCUCCCCUGCUGAGGGGCCUUGCAACAUCCUUGUCAAUUUACACGAGCAAUACCAUAGACGCUCUUUAAAAAAAAAAAAAAAAAGUUUGGAUACGUGG